UGCUGUUUCCUUUUCCAGUUGUAAAGGGGUCAGGAGCCAGGCAAGGAGAGCCUGAACAAGAGGAGCAUUUUCCUGGGCUCUUCCAGCUGUUCUGUUCAGUCCCGCCGUCCGUUCUGAGCAGGGAAGAGAGACUGUCAACACAAAUAAGGCAUUUUUCAAAGACAUAAAUUAUGAGUUACCAAAACAAUGCGACAUCUCAGCCACAUGAAGAGAUGGAGAGCCCCACAGCUGGAACAGAUGUGGCUGUUAUUGGAGGUGUGAUUGCUGCAGUGGUAUUUGUUCUCAUUUGCCUGCUGGUGGUGAUGGUCCGGUACAUGUACAGGCACAAGGGCACCUACCACACCAACGAGGCAAAAGGAACCGAGUUUGCCGAAAGCGCAGAUGCCGCUUUGAAAAAUGACCCUGCUCUCCAGGAAGCAGUGGAUGAGAGCAAAAAGGAAUAUUUCAUCUGAAAAGCAAGGAUUUCCAUGGAGACUUCCCCAGGGGAAUCAGUCUGAAAUUCUACAUCAACAGAAGUGCUAAGAGAUGGAUAAUAUGAGAACACAGGCAAGCAUCCUGAUUGAAAAGUAUCUCUUUACUUUUUUAUGUCACUGAGUUUUUGCUUUUCCUCGUCUGGUGAAGAACUAAAUGCCAGAUACUUGCCUGUUGAUUUUAUUAGCAACACAGCUGGUCACAGUUGAAAUCAAUAUCAGAUAAGAAGAAACAAAAUCUCAGUAUGAAUGAUACACCAAAACCAGAUAAAGAUAGCAAAUGUCAAGCCUUGACAUUUGGUGAAAAUAGCAGAUGCCAAUGGAAAACAUCCUCUUAGAGUUAAUGAUGCAUCCUGUGAUGAUAUGAUACAGAAGCACCUGAAAUUGAAUUUCAAAUGGUCACAGAACAAACAUUAAAGUAGACAAAGCUGCUGUAUCUGGAACAAAAACAGCUUUGUAGCCCAGAUAUCCCCCCCCUUCAAUGUGCAGUUUUAUUGGCACAGGGAAGUUUGUUUUGGGAUUUAGAUUGGGAUUUUUUUAUGUUUGGGUUGGUUUUUUUAGUUUUAUAUAUAUAUAAAAGUCAAAAACACUUCAAAGAGAUGAAACUGUUGGAGAACACAGAAAAUGUAAGGAAGAAGGAUUUAUUUCUAACUUGCUCAUCAUGUGAGCUUGAGAACUCUAAAAUGUUGAAACUUACAGUGUAGUAUAUAAUAAGCAGUAGAUUUACAAAUAUGAUUCCAAUUAGAUGGUAAGUUCUCUGAAUGCAUGCAUAAGUACAUAGGUAUUAAAAGGUAAAGCAUCUUGGCAUCUUGGUUUUAACAGGCCUUUUGAAACAAUGGAACUCAGCUAGAUUUUUUUCAUAGAAGAUAUUUUUGCCUGAGUAUUUAUUUAUUUAUUUUGCAUUGGAAAAUUCUCUUGAACACCUGCCAGCAGGAUUUUGGAUUUUUGCAGGGAGAGGAAUUUAGUUCUGGUGCAGAUAUCAAUAAAUCUUUGAAAAAUGCAACCAUAAGACUACCACUGUAAGGAAGCUUUUUCAUCUGCAUCCCACUGGUUUGUAUUGAUGUCUCCCUCUGUAUGGCUUCUUUAUAUCCUUUGCAUUGUGCUUAGUAAGAGAAUUAUACCAACCAUCAAUGCUUUAUUAUAAAUAAAUAUAUUAAUCAUGGUGGGUCACACGAAAAGAUCUUAUUCCUUGCCUAAAAAAUCAACAGUGAUGAGUUUCUUCACACCAGUAAGUUGGUUUUGUUAACUGAAACCCCCAGUUAGCUCCAGAAAUAGGACAAUUGUUCUUUGCACCUUCCCAAUCCCAGCUGCAAUGGUGCCCUGGACUACUGAAAACAGAGGAGGAGAAAUGCACAACAACAAUUAAGAAACUGAUGAGCAAAGCUCAACUGGUAUAUUUUUUCCUGUGUUUUGAUCUAUAUAUGUGUGUACAGUCAUCUACAAUUGUACUUUGAAGACAUUGUUGCUGAACACUUGAGCUCACUUUUGGGCACCAAAUUUUCAAAAACUCCUGGACUCCAGUAGCCAUUAUCAACACUGGCCACAAAAAUGCUUCAAGACUGAUGUGAACAAGAGAAGACUCUGAGGACCCAAGCAAAGAAAUGGAUAUUUCUCUAUUUUCAAUCACAGUCUCAGUCUUUUCUCCCUUCCUGAAGGAGAUGGACUCUGAAUUAUUCUUAGAAUCUCAAUAGCUCUGAUUUUGAAUAUCAAAUCCCUGUAUGUUUGCAUUUUAACCAAAAAGUAUAAAAAAUGUGCCAAUUUACUAAAUGCUUUAGAUAUUUUUGUAACAUACCAUUGCACAACCACAUUGUAUUCUGUGGCUAAUGAAGUAUAAAAUGCACAAACUCCAGUAUUAGCAGAGUUCAACUAUUUUGAUAUUAUGCAUCUAUUUCUUUUCUAAGAUAUAUUACUAUUAUAACUUUGUUAUUACUCUUGGAAAAUUAAUUUUGUUUUAUUUGUCUGGGACAAGUGUUGGAAAAAUUCACUAGUCUUAUCUUUAAGACUGGGUUGGUAAAACUUAAAUCCCUUGACACUCCAGUUCAAUAAAAAUGUAAAGAUUUCCUCUGAGGAUAGGAACCUAGGAACACCAAAAAACUUUUCUCCAGUGCUAGCAAGACCUGAGCCCUUCUGUCCCCCUAAGACUGGCUGUUAAAGAGAAUUGACUUUGGAAGAAGGUGUAAGUGACAUGGAGAAUAAAGUCCUGCCUUCCUCCUCGGUCA